CAGAGCUGGUAUUCCUGUCCAGGAGAUUAUUAGAAGCUGGAAAACUGACCAUGGCUUGGAUCCUCCUGUUUUUGAACCUGGGAUUGGUGAUUGCAGGAGCUGCUUCAACUGAAAGCACCUCGUCCCCCGCGACGGAAACGGUCACCUCGGCUGAGACCCCCCACUUGUCCCCUGCAACGGAAACGACCACCACGGAAACAACUGCCACAGCUGAGACCCCCCACUCGUCCCCCGCGACGGAAACAAACGCCACAGCUGAGACCCCCCACCUGCCCCCCGCGACGGAAAAGGCCACCUCGGCUGUGACCUUUCACUCAACGACGAAGGAAAAGCCAACUACUGUUCCCGGAGUCUCUCUGUUGUCCCCCAUGGCAGAAACGGUCCCCUCAAUUGAGACCGCUCAUACAUCCCCUAAGACGAAACCAACCGACACAUCUACGGUGACCCCUGAAGUCAAGGCGACACGAACUUCAUCUCCAUCAUCAGAGGUUUCCAGAAAACCAUCACCUACCCCCAGCAGAGCUUCCAGUGCGGUAACCACCACGCCACCUUUCUUGCCACUGACAGCUCUUGGUAUCAGCUACCGCAUCACCAAUAGGGAAUUCAACGAUUCCUUACAGGAUCCAAACAGUGGAUAUUACAUCGCACUGCAAAUUGUAAUCGGAAAGAUGUAUAGAAACGUUUACAGCUGUAGUUCGUGCCCAUUUGGUUAUACAGGCUUCAGGAUAAUCUUAUUCAGUCAAGGUUCUGUGGCAGUGCAAUCUGAGUUAUUCUUCCACAACAAGACUACCCUGUCAAUGGCUCAAUUACAGGAACGUUUGAGGAAUGCGAACACCACAGACUUGGAAGGGUUAGAGCUGAAAGACGUGAAAGUCAGCGCCACCAAUCCGAUAAUCUCUGCCCCUGAGACGGUUCCAGGCUGGGGCAUUGCUCUCCUCGUCCUCGUUUGCAUCCUUGUGUUCGUCAUGCUCCUCGCGUUAUUGUGGCUGCUCAUCUACUGGUGUCGACGGAAGCACCGGGGAAGCCUGGAACUGCUCAGCAGCAAAGACUCGUACCACCCCAUGAACGAGUACCCCACUUACCAGACCCACAGCCGGUACAUGGCCCCCGGCAACAAGCAAAACCCUUACAACGAGACUCUUCCCAAAAACGGUGCCAGGCCUUUCUCUUACACCAACCCUGCCAUGGCCAACGAUGACCUGUAGGGGGCGCACUUCCUACCGCCGGACUUUGGAGGGGGGGAUCGGAAAAUUGAACUCGGGCAAGGAAAGUUCAUUUUUUGGACUCCGCUGGAACGGCUGCCAGGCUCCUGAGAAAGGGGGGCUAUAUUUCGGCUCCCCUUGCCCCUCCAUUUGCCGCGAGCAGGAUGACGGAUGGUUCUUCUCAGGGGAACUGGGUCUCUGGGCCACCAACGAGCUGCCAUGAAUGCGUUGGGAGCAACGCCGAGACAAUGAGGACUAGAUGCUUUUAGCGACUUAUUGACCCCGCUGGCCGUUUCCUCCCAAGCAGGGAAAGGAGCACUCCCGGCCAGUGGAAGUCCCUGCCACGAGGAUCUCGCCGGGAACCCAAACCAAUGAACUCUCUUGGGCUGGGCGCGUCCACUCUCCGGAAAGACUUCUUCACUUUAUUAAUUUAUGGCCAAUCUUUACGGUAUUAAUUUAUGUGGGGGGAAGUCCCCUAGCCGGAGAAGGUGCCCCUGCGUCUCUCUUCUGCCUUUGGGGAAGAGGAGGUGGAGGUGGAAGGUUUUAGGGGGCUGCGAUUUUGUGGGUUUUUCGUGGCCUCCCCCCUCCCAGUCCCUCACCCCCCUCGAAAGGAAGAGUUCCUGAGAAGCCAGCCUUGGAGACAUGAAGGAACGGAGCGAAUGAGGUUCAAAAGAUGGGCGGGCAUCUUUCCUUGCACGUCCCCAACCUUCCCCGGCCCCCCAACAGCCUUUCACACCCUUAAUUUGAACAUGGAUAAAUAGGAAGCAAAGCACCGGUGGGGAAAGAUCUUCGAGGUCAUCUAGUCCAACCCCCCAAAGCAGAAGCCUCUCUGGCAGAGGAGCGUCCUUCCUCCGUAGCGAAGAACGUCCCACUUCCCGUGGCACCCUCAUCCUGGCCCCGCCGGGUCUUUCGGGGAACGGGCGGCCUACCAGCCAAAUAAGGACAUUCUUAAAAAAUAAAAAAAUAAUGGGAAGACAAGGAGAAUCUAGGAUCCCCGAAAUCUUUCGGGAGGCUGGCUUUGCUUCUUCUCCACCGGUUCCAGAUGACGAUUUAGCAUUUCUCAGACUUGGCCACUUUAAGAAGGGUGGACUUCAACUCCCAGCACCUUCUUCGUAAACAUCCUGGGCAGUUUUAUCUGCCAGGGGAAGGAUAAAGGGAGCCCCAAUUCUUGAUUUCAGAGGGGGCCAUCUCUGCCCCCCCAGGCUUAGGAUGGGUGGGAAUCGGGGAACGGUGGGGUCUUGAUUAUGGAUCAACAGAGCCCUGAAGCCAGCAAGGUGGGCAUCCUUGGGAAAUUAUGUAUUUCAUGACUUUGUAGAAUAAAAUAAACUCCUUUGACAUUGA